UCAUGAUCGACCGCUACCGCAGCAAGCACCCCGUUGCGCUCACCAAGGGCGACCGCAAGGCGCUCCCGGCCCGGCCGGACGACAUCGCCGUCGUGGACCGCUCGGACAUCGCGGUCUACGCGGACGGCGAGGACGACGACGUCGAGGCCGCGCGCCGCUUCCCGGAGCUCACGGAGCGCGACGACGACGGCCCGGUCGAGUCGUCGCGGAAGUCGUUGAAGGCCAAGGUCGCGGGCCUCUUCGGUCCCGGGAAGGCCAAGGUCUACUUGUACACGGAUGGGGAAUCCCGGGUCAAGGACGAGGAGGCCACGGACGCGGACGAGACGGCGGCGCCCAUCGUCGAGGUCUUCCCGGAGCUCACGGAGCCCAAGGAGCGCGACGGCUACGCGCCGCGAAUGGUCAAGCCGAAGUCGUCGAAGGCCAAGGUCGCGGGCCUCUUCGGUCCCGGGAUGGCCAAGGUCUACAUCGAUGGGGAGUCCCGGGUCGAGGCCAAGGAGGAGGUCAAGGACGCGGAGGCCGCGGUCGCGGACGAGGCGGCGGCGCCGCGCGCCGCGCCCGACGGCGGCCUCGUCGAGGUCUCGUUCCACGGAGCGCCCUUCGACUUCUCGCCCGUCCUCGCCAAGCGCGACGACGGCGGGUUGGCCGUGCGGGUGGGCGAGAUCGGCGGCGGACGCGAACGCUUCGCGAGCGGCGCCUUCCCCGUCACGUCGGCCGCGGCGCGCCCCCCGCCGGCCGCGGUCUCCGUCGACUUCGGGGACGACUUGCCACAGUCCGCCAUCGUGCUCGCGCCCGCCGUCCUCGCCGCCUGGCACCCCGAGGACAGCGCGCUCAUCAACGACGAGCAGCACGUGAACUACCUCAACCAGGAGGAGAUGUCCUGGAAGGCGGGCGUCAACGAGCGCUUCGCGGGCAUGACCUACGCCGACGUCAAGGGCCUCCUCGGCGCCGACACGAGCCCGCACAUCGCCGAGUACCUCGGCGAGACGCGGUCCCAGGAUUUUUAUGACAACAUCACGGACGUGCCGUCCGAGUUCAACGCGGUGACGCAGUGGAAGGGCCUCGUGCAGCCCAUCCGCGACCAGCAGCAGUGCGGCUCCUGCUGGGCCUUCUCGGCCGCCGAGGUGCUCAGCGACCGCAACGCCAUCCAGCACAACAAGGCCGAGCCCGUGCUCUCGCCCGAGGACCUCGUGUCGUGCGACCGCGUCGACCAGGGCUGCAACGGCGGCAACCUGGGCACGGCCUGGACCUACCUCAAGAACACGGGCAUCGUCACCGACGCCUGCUUCCCCUACACGGCCGGCGGCGGCGACGCGCCCAAGUGCGAGACGUCGUGCAAGGACGGCUCGUCCUGGACGAAGUACAAGGCCGCGUCCGCCUACGCGGUCAAUGGCGUCGAGAACAUGCAGAAGGAGAUCAUGACCCACGGGCCCAUCCAGGUCGCCUUCAACGUCUACAAGUCCUUCAUGUCCUACAAGUCCGGCGUCUACGCGAAGAAGUGGUACGAGCUCAUGCCCGAGGGCGGCCACGCCGUCAAGAUCGUCGGCUGGGGCACGGAGGGCGGCAAGGACUACUGGCUCGUCGCCAACUCCUGGAACACGUCCUGGGGCGACGAGGGCUACUUCAAGAUCGCCGUGGGCGCCGAGUCGAUCAGCCUGGACGUUGUGAAGCGCGUGUUCGCGGCGUUCGACGUGGACCUGGCCGAGACGCGGAACGAGCGGACGAACGAGCUGCUCGCCUCCAUGAUGGCGGGGCUCCUCUCGGGCGAGGGCUCGAUCCCCGCGGACCUGGUGCGGCGCGCGCUCGCGGCGUACGAGGUGGACCUGGCCGCCGCCGGCGGCUACGACCAGCUCGUGCGGACGUACCGCCGCGUCCUCACGGCGCCGCGGAGCUGCCUCGUCAAGUACCUCGAGUUCCGCUUCGGUCGCCCGGCGCCAGCUGACCUCGCGACGCGCCGGCCGUCGACGAAGUCCGCGGCGAAGCUCAAGGACGCGACGCCGCAGCGGCUCUACCGGUCCGAGCGCGAGUGCGAGGAGGACUACGAGGAGCAGCGCGAGUCCCUCGAGCGCACGAAGCGGCGCUACUACGACGCCUGCGCCGUGCUCGAGGGCGAGGAGGCGGCGCUCGCGCGGGGCGAGGAGGAGCUGCGGAAGCUCAGCGACCGGAGCGCCGUCGUCGCGUUCAUGAUCAAGCAGCUGCUCCGCGAGCAGGGGCUCCAGGACGAGGGCGCGGCCGCGGCGCUCGUGCUCAAGCCCCAGGAGUCGAGCCCGGAGAUCGACCUCGAGAUCCUGCGCGCCAUCCGCGACCCCAUCGACCACUACUUCCGCGACCACAGCGACAUCAACGACUACAUCGAGGACAAGCUCGCGGACAUCGAGGCCGUCCUCGCGCCCGGCGCGGGCGACGACGACGACGGCGAGGCCCCGGACAACGACGGCGAGUAA